CCUGCUCACCCUUGCACUUCACACUUACACCUCGUACAUCGCAUCAGUCACUUCCUUCGCCAUCGUCCGCUACUUCUGAGCCCUUUCUCUACGUCCUCCUGCUCUACUCUAUCCACAGCUAUUUGCACUUAUCCCUGCACUUCUCACCUUUGCCCUUACCAUAUCUUUUACUACCUACCAACAUGAUGCACACAGCAGCUAUCGGAAGCUUUCCCAAGGACUUGUCCUUCACCAACACCAGCCAUGCCUACCCUUCGCCCUCCCUCUCGCCUGUAACCACCUUCCGCACCACCAUGGACUCCGUCUCGGCCGACAGUCAACGAGCGUCGUCUAUCAAGAGCCUGAUGGUCUCAAUCCAACCCCCCGCCUCGCCACUCGACGCACUCGUUCUGGCACUUGAGGCCACUGUAGAGGAGAUGAAGGAAUGUAAUGAUCAGGACCAGCCAUUUCGUGCAUUGUCUACCUUGCAGGAGCAGGAUGAUGAAGAGGACCCUAAUGCAACUGUGCCAUCUUCGCCGACGUUCUUCAUGAAAAAGUCCUCGACGCUGCCCUCGUUGCACCAGCUGCCGAGCUUGGUGCUGCCUGAAGCAGCCACCUCGUCUCUACUGUCACUACCCUCUUCAGCUGACACUGUAGCUCCUAUCCCUCCUGCAACCUUCAACUCACAUUCCCCCUCCAGCUCUUCCGGACUGACGCCAAGCACCCAUCCUGGACAGACCGCCAGCCGUCGCAAGAUGUCUAUUUGCAGCCAAGGGUCGAUGGAUUCAUUGUCCUCGGCCAAUUCGAGCGGAGAGCGCAUCGAAACGCUCGUCUGCUCUGUCAGGAACUGCUCAAAGAAGUUUUAUCAGGUCGCUCACCUGCGCAUCCAUGAGCGGUGCCACACUGGGACGCGUCCUUUUGUCUGCCGAUAUGAUGGAUGCGAACGAUCCUUUACACAACUCGGAAAUCUGAAGACCCACGAGCGAAAGCACACAGGCGAGCGACCAUUCAAGUGCCCUUACCCCGGAUGCGACAAGACCUUUACCCAGCUUGGCAAUCUCAAGACACACGAACGCAUUCAUGACGAAGUCAAGCCUUUCAUGUGCCGCCUUACUGGAUGCGGCAAGACCUUUAGCCAACUCGGAAAUUUGAAGACGCACACGGCCAAGAUGCACCCUGACAUGAGUAUCAGCGAUGAGGAAAUGGCUAUCAAAAGCGCCACGAGCCCUUCUCACUCUGCGCAGGACCGUACCGAACGCUCUACACAGACACAUCGGAUCAAAGAACAAGGACAUCGACAAGUAAUCGCUUACUUCAACCCGUAUCAACGUCGUCCCAUCCAUCCUCAACGUUCAGAAAGGGACGUGUUGAUCAAAGACAUCAGUACGAUACUUCAGCACCAGGAGCGUGCUCUUGAUCUGGCGCUGGGAAGCGAGUUAUCAGACGAUAUGGAGGAGUAGAGUCGGCCAGGACCAGUGAUUUUUUCUUAGCUGUUCUCGUUUUAUUGCGCUUCCCUUCUGUUGUUCAUAUUUACCCUGUAUUGUACUUGUAGUUAUGCAUAUUGCUUCGUUCUUUCCUCUCAUAUUCCGCACCCCCUUCCUGUAAACCAUCCAAUAAAUGUAGCGUGACUGUUCAG